AUGGAAAAAGAUAAUCCUUUAUUACCUUUUGCCUAUACCAAUUCAUCAAUUAAUGAUCCUAUCCCUUAUGAUACCACACCUAGAGAUAAAUCCACCAUUGAUGAAAAUGCCAGUAGUAAAUAUCAUACGAGGAAAACUAUUACAUCAAUAUCAUCAUCACCAUUGAAACCUCAAUUACGUCGAGUGAGAUUAUCCAAUCAAAAAUUACUUCCUAGUUUGAAAAGAAAAAUGGGUGAAAGUUUUAAUGAUAAAGAUAAUAUCAAAAGAGUUGAUAUUGAAGAUUUUUAUGAUGAAUCAAAUGAAGAAAGAGAAGAAACAUCUACUGUAAUUAAUGUUGAUAAUGAUAAUGACCAUGAGGAAAAUGAAAAUGAAAAUGAAAAUGAUAAAAAUCAAUUACCUCCAAGUAGUCCACCACCACCAAUUUUAUAUUCUGAUGUACCAUUAGUAUCUGAAUUUGAUUUUACAACAAAUCUUGAAUAUAAUUUUGGUGUACCCAAAUCACCAACCAAAAAAAUUGAUUUGAAUUUAUUACCUACUAGUGAAUUUGAUGAAAUUAAUCCAAUCAUUAAUAAUGAUGAUGAUAAUAAUGAUGAUGAUGAUGAAAAAACCAAUAAUGUUGAAAAUGAAAAUAAUUUUAUUAAAAAGAAAAAAAUUUUAAAAGAAUUGAGUUCAGAUGCAGAUUUUGGUAUUGAUAGAUUUAAUCGAUUUAAUGGUACUUUUAAAAGCCAACAACAACAACAACAACAGCUACCACCAGCAUUAGUAUUUACAUCUUCAACAUGUACAGAUUCUACUAAUAAUACCAGUACUGGUAAUGAUAAUGAUAUGGAAGAUAUUAAUGAAAAAUUAAAACAAUCAAGUUAUAAUCGAGCUCGAAAUAUAAUUCUUAAUUGUUUUGAAAAUAUGCAAACAAUAAUUAAUUUAGAAAAUAUGAAUUUAUAUGAUUUACCAUCAGAAAUUAAAGAUUUGAAUAAUUUAGUUAUUUUUAAUAAUCUUGAUAAUGGACAUGAAAAUGGACAUGGAAAUGAAAAUGAAAAUGUAAAUAAUCCAUUUAAGGAAACAACAAUAUCAACAACACAAUUACAAUCUCAAUCAAUUUCUUAUCAAUUAUAUUUAACUAAUAAUAAUUUAACAGAAUUACCCAUAUCAUUAUUUAAAUUUACUAAAUUACAAGUAUUAGGAUUAAGAAUUAAUCAAUUAAAAUUUUUACCUCCUUUAAUUGAUAAAUUAAUUAAUUUAGUUGAUUUAUCAUUAGGUUCUAAUUCAUUAAAAUUUUUACCUUAUCAAAUUUUAAAUUUAAAAAAAUUAAUUAAUUUCCGAGCUGGACCAAAUCCAUUUAUAUCAAUUGAUGAUUUUAAUAAAAAUGAUAUUAUUACUAUCCCUGUUCCUACCAGUAUGACUGAUUCCUUAGAAAAUAUGUCCCUGACAAUAUUAAAAUAUCGAACCAAAAUAAUUUAUUUAAAUAACCACCACCACCAUCAUCACCACCACCACCAACAACAACAACAACAACAAGAACAAGAACAACAAUCUUGUUGUAAUAUUUAUUUACCAUCAUUAACUAAUUUAUGUUUAAAUAAAUUAGGUAAUUAUGAUGUUAAUUAUAAAGAAACAAAAAUUUGGAAAAAAAAAAUCCCAAAAUUUUAUCAUAAAUUAAUUAAAUUAGCUAUAAUUAAAGGGAAAUUUAAUUUUAAUGAUACUUGUAAUCAAUGUAAUUUAAUUAUUGUUAAUCCUUUAGGAGAAAUUUUUGAAUGGUAUGAUAUUUUAUUAAAUAAAAAUAUUCCUAUUAGAAAACAAUUUUGUAGUCAAAGAUGUAUAGAUAAAUAUUUAUUACAGUUUUCGUCAUCAUGA